AUGGUACUACCAGGGAAUGACAGCACAGUGAAGGCUUUCAUCCUCUCUGGCCUGACCACUAACCACAGCGCUGAACUGGCCCUCUUCAUUCUUUUCACCGUGAUCUACACGCUGAUCCUGGUUGGCAACAUUCUCAUUGUUAUCACUAUCGUCUUUGACCAGCAUCUCCACACACCCAUGUACUUCUUCCUCAGCAACCUCUCCUUCAUUGAUGUCUGCCAUUCUACAGUGGUCAUGCCCAAGAUGCUAGCUGACUUCUUAGCCGAGACAAAGACCAUCUCUUUUGGAGAAUGCAUAGCCCAGAUGUUCUUCCUCCACCUCUUUGCCUGCACAGAGAUCUUCCUCCUCACCAUCAUGGCCUAUGACCGCUAUGCUGCCAUUUGCCAUCCUCUCCAUUACACUGCCCUCAUGAGCCACCGGAUCUGCCUCCGGUUAGCCGUGGCCAUGUGGUUGGGUGGACUGGUGCACUCCAUUGCCCUGACAGCCUUGACACUCAGUGUGCCUUACUGUGGCCCCAACGCCAUUGACAACUUCUUCUGUGAUGUGCCCUUGGUUAUCAAACUGGCCUGUGCCAACACCUAUGUCCUCGAAAUCCUCAUCGUCUCAAAUUCAGGAGUAAUUUCGGUGGUCUGCUUUAUAGUUUUGGUGAUCUCCUACGUGGUCAUCCUCAUCUCCUUGAGAAACCGUUUCUCUGCAGGUCGGCAAAAGGCUCUGUCCACCUGUGCUGCUCACCUGACCGUGGUGAUUUUAUUCUUGGGGCACUGCAUCUUCAUCUAUCUCAGGCCAGCCAAGAGUCUGGCCGCAGACAAGGUGGUCUCCAUUUUCUUCACAGCCGUCACCCCACUGCUAAACCCAGUCAUCUACACUCUACGGAACAAGGAAAUGCUGAAUGCCCUGAACAAGCUGCGAGGCAGACAGGUCGAUUUUUCAGCCAAAGGACAUUAG